AAGUAGCUCGGAGGUCACGUGUGCGUCUUGGUAACAACUGUCCCAAGAAAGGGAACCGAGUGUGCCUUGGCAUCGACAUUUGAGAAACAGGAAGCCCAAUCAGAGGUGUCGGGCUGGCUUUGGGGGUUCCCACAGCCUCGCCAGGAGAACCGCGGUUUCCAGGUUGAAUCCCGCUGGAGAGGGAGGUGCACAGGCCUUCGUGCUCGCUGCGCCCCGGGCAGGCUUGGCUCUGUCCGCUUUGUCCCUUCCUCGCGAUGUGACUGGGAGGGAUCCUGACGCCGGGACCACCGGCCAGCCUUGCAGUGUGGCUGUAAUGCUGGGGUGUGGCGCGUACGAGAGGGCCGGGCAGGGUGGGCCAGACACCUACAGAACACCCUACAUGCGCUGGUCAGCGUAGGGACCCAGCAUUAGGCAGUGUCCAGGUUCCAGGAGGGUCAGUGGGUGUGCUGGACAAGGAGCCAUUCAGACCUCCAGCCCAGAUGGGAGCUGCAUGCUUCCUCUACCCCAGUCCCAAGUCCUGCCGCACCUCCUUGAAGCGGGUCCUGCCCAGACCCUGGGUGGUCUCCAGUGCCAAGAGUGUCCAGGCUUCCCAAAUGGAGGCUCUGGGAAGGCCAGGGUUUGGGCCAUACCCUGCUACCUCCCGGCUGGUCACUUCUUUCUGCAGCUCGCUGGUCUUUCCAGUUUGGAACUUAGCUUUCUGAGGCCAGCUGCACUGGUUGGAAGCUGAGGCUUUUUCUCCGAACACUGUCCAUGCUGGUCAGCCCUUGGCCAGCACUGGGAAGCCAGGCUGGGGUCUGGGAGGCAUUUUCUGGCUUCCCAGUUUUUAGAGGGGGAGCAGGGAGAGGACAGGUGUCUGUCUGCUCUGCAGCCACAACAAAACACCACAGAGUGUAAGGCUGAAGCCACAGGCUGUUUACUGGCGGCUCUGGAGGCUGCCGAUCGAGGUGGGUAUGGAUUUGGUUCCUGGCUAUGGACAGUGCCUCCUCCCUGUGUCCUCACCGGCGUGGAGGGAGGUCUGGUGUCUCUGCUCCUAAGGCACCCCCUUGACCUCGUCUGAACUUGAUCUUCUCCCAAAGAUCACACCUCCAAAUACCAUCACAUUGGGGGUUAGAGCUUCAAUGUAUAGAUUUGGGGGACAUGAUGCAUCCCAACGUGGUAGCCAGAAGAGGGGGCAGCUGCCUGGCCUGGGCAAGCAGGAACCUUUAGCUACCACUCACAUCAUUUAACUGUAAGAUGUCCUCAAGUUAUGUCCUGAAAGAGGCACCGCAGAACAUUCUUAGGUGCUGGGAACAUCAUGGGACGCAAAUGAGCCUAACCUGUCACUCUGAUUUGUGUCCCAGGGCUGCAUGCCCCCCGUGAACCCCUAAUGCUGGUGAGCUGCUCAUGCCUCUGAACUGGGUGCUUUCUCUGGUGUCUUGGAUAAGACUGGUCCUUUCAGGGCUGUGGGGAGUUCCCAGAUCUGGAGCUUAUUUUCCUGGAAGCACAUUUAUGAUUGUGCAACAGUCAUCUGCAUGGAGAGCUGUAAUUUCCGAAGCCAGAUAAUGGUGUCCCUGUGCAGACCAGGAGACACCUGAGAGGACUCGCAUUUCAGUGUCUCCUGGAACCAGGCCCUGGUUCUUGUGCCCUGAAGGUUCGGGUUCUGCCCCUGCCCUCCACUCUGGGGACAGGAAACCACGGCACAGCAGAGGGAAGCCUGUAGAGGUCUAGCAGUCAUGGACUAAAGAGGCAUCUGAGAGUGGCACACAGGUUGCAGCUGGGAAAUGCCAGAGUGCAGCUGGGCAGGACAGCUCGGGGGCUGCUCUGACGGCCUUGGCCCUGCCAGCGGAGCCCCGAGACCAUGCAGCACUAGGUGGCUGGUCUGAGAGCUGGCCAACCCCAUGGCUGUCCCCUGCAGCAGUUGCUGGCAGCCAGCCUGAGUAACAGAUGGACUGUCCACAGGCGGUCUUGCUCAGGAGACCCACCACUUGUGCCCACCACUUGUGCUCUGUGGAUAGACCUCGGCAGCGACAGCCGGUUGGAGGAAGUGAGUGGCUGGGUCUGGCAGAAGUGUCCUCCCUUGAGCCAGGUUCCCUAGGCUCCCAGCAUCAGUGGCCACAGUGUGGUCAGGCCGUGGGCGGGAGCCAUGUGCCAGGCUUCCUGGAGCUGUGCUGGCUGGUGGGGACCUGUGUCAGCCUGGACUAAGGUGGGGCGCCCUGAGGGUAUCAGCCAGUGUCUGCGGAGUGCUGCGGCCUGCAGUGGUGUGAUGAGCAAGGCCAAGCGUCAGGAAGCCGGAAGGACUCAGACGCUCCCGGGCAGCCAAGCAGGCUUCGCUCAGUGCCAGGAGCACCGUCCGGCCAUGGAGGAGGAAGAGGAGCUGCCGCCUCGGGAGGCUGACGUGGAACCCAUCCUGACAUCGGGGGCUUCGGAGGUGGUGCCCAGGGUGCUUUCCGGAGAACCGCAGAGCCUGUCUGACAUGGACGCUUUCAACCUGCUCCUGGAGAUGAAGCUGACACGGCGGCGGGAAAGGCCCGAACUGCCGCGCACAGUGACCCAGCUGGUGGCCGAGGAUGGGAGCAGGGUGUAUGUGGUGGGCACUGCCCACUUCAGCGAUGACAGCAAGAGAGAUGUUGUGAAGACCAUCCGGGAGGUGCAGCCCGACGUGGUGGUCGUGGAGCUCUGCCAGUACCGUGUGUCCAUGCUGAAGAUGGACGAGGCUGCCCUGCUGCGCGAGGCCAAGGAGAUCAGCUUGGAGAAGCUGCAGCAGGCUGUGAGGCAGAACGGGGUCAUGUCGGGGCUCAUGCAGAUGCUGCUGCUGAAGGUAUCCGCCCACAUCACCGAGCAGCUGGGCAUGGCCCCCGGUGGCGAGUUCAGAGAGGCCUUCAAGGAGGCCAGCAAGGUGCCUUUCUGCAAGUUCCACCUGGGCGACCGGCCCAUCCCCGUGACCUUCAAGAGGGCCAUUGCCGCACUGUCCUUCUGGCAGAAGGUCAAGCUGGCCUGGGGCCUGUGUUUCCUGUCCGACCCUAUCAGCAAGGAUGACGUGGAGCGGUGCAAACAGAAGGACCUGCUGGAACAGAUGAUGGCCGAGAUGAUUGGCGAGUUUCCAGACCUGCACCGCACCAUCGUCUCGGAGCGUGACAUCUACCUGACCUACGUGCUGAGGCAGGCCGCCCGGCGCCUCGAGCUGCCGCGCUCCUCUGACGCCGAGCCCAGGAAGUGCGUCCCGUCCGUGGUGGUGGGCGUCGUGGGUAUGGGCCACGUCCCCGGCAUUGAGAAGAACUGGACCACCGACCUCAACAUCCAGGAGAUCAUGACCGUCCCCCCGCCGUCCAUCUCCGGCAGAGUGUCCCGGCUGGCUGCAAAGGCUGCGGCCUUGGGCCUGCUGGGCUACGGUCUGUACUGGAUGGGGCGCCGCGCUGCCAGCCUGGUCCUGUCGCUGCCCGCCACCCAGUACUGCCUGCAGAGGGCGUCAAUGGCCCGGCCGCACCAGUAGGAAGAACAGUGCACAGGACCAAGCGGCGCUGGGGUCUGGCCCCUGAGGAGCUCCUGGGUGCCACCCCCUCGUGGGGGUCCAGGCCCAGCCACUCCUGCCCUCCCCCACCCCGCCCAAAUAAAGAAUCGUUUAACUGCUCUGAGCUCAGGCUUCCCAGCAGCCCUCCCCUAUCCCCUGCAGGGGCCCCCCAGGGCUCACGGGGUUCUCAGGGCCAGGACAGCAGGUGGGGAGGGGCUGAGGCACCUGCUGGCUGAUGGUCCUACCCUACCUCACUGUGCCUUCUUCGUGCCGGCCCAGGAGCGCCUGCCCAGGAGUGACUGAUGGUGGGUGCCUGGCCAUCAGGGGCCAGCUGGCACAUCUGGUGGGGCUGGAUUGCCCCAUGCAGCUCUGGCGUGGCUCCUGGGAGUGUUUGUGCUGAGAGGGCAGCUUGGCCAAGCUUGGUGUCCCUGGACAUGCAUCAGCACCAGCCCUGCCUCCAGAGAGUGUGUGGUUUUGGUUUUAAAAAUGUCUGAAAUUUUUUUACUCAGGUAGUUUUAACUUAAAACAAACUGAAGCAAAUGUCAGGAAAUACUAGCCUUAAAUGUGCUUGGGACAGAGACUUCCUUGAGGCCUCAGUGGUGAGCCGGGGUGCCUGUGGGGAGGAUCAGCUCCAGCAGUAAGGCUUCCUGGCCAUGCAGGGUCCAGCCUGCUUCCUGACCGUCUGGUGGGGAGCCCAGAGGUGCCCUGGCCUCCAGGGGCAGAUGGCACGUGUCCACCAGGGCCCGCCAGUUUGCAAGUGUGCAGCAGGUGCCCACCGCCCUCCCACGUGUCCACUUCAGGUACAGACUGGGCUGAGGCCGCCAGCCCCACACAGCACCCCACGCAGUCGUCACCCGUGCGUGUCGCCUUGCGAUUGCUCCCAGGCAAGUGCUGACACCGUAGCAUCUGUGCGGAGUACCGGGGCCUGGAGCACGUGGCUUGUUUGUGUGGCCUCGGUGUCUGACUGGGUCAGCUGGAGCCCAUGGCCAGCCCACGGCAGGGAGCUGGGCGGGGCCCGCAUUCUCCCUGUCAUUCACGUGCUUGUGUAUGUGUUCCUUAGAAACUGAAAUAAAGUCUAAUUUUGGAA